CUAUAGACUUAUUUAGUUGUUACGGAGUUGCUCUUGGUGCUUAAAGCUGACCCUUCUUCCCUGUUCUACAAGUAUUCAGCUAAAAAGAUCUGGUUAUAACAAAGAGACCUCCAAUUUGGGGUGAUGCAAGAGCUUCCCCCCAAUGUCAAGGAGGACUUUUCUAAAGGAGUCAGCAUGGGAAACUGGAUGGUAACUUUGGACUUCAGGAAGCUUAAAUGCUAGAUGAAAAUCAAGAAGAUGAUACCAAUCACCAAAGCCUUCUUGAUGAUUAACAUCUUCAGGCCAACUGAGAAUCUCUUGAUCUUGAACAUAUCCCACUGCCACCUCCCCGUUUUCCAGAAAGCCCUUGCCGUGGCUGAGUUUCUAUCAGUACUCUUUUUGUAAUCACUGAAUCUUUGCCUUCUGAUACCUGAACGGAGUUAUCUCUUCGGUUCAUAGAAACCAAAAUCCACACUUCAAAACCUUCCUGAGGUGUUUUAAUGCUGUAAUUGGCAGGUAACCACUGGGGAAAGACAGUCAGCUGUUUGGAGGAGAACUGGAUCCAACGAUCAGUAAUUCCCAUGGGGUAGUGAUGCUCUACCACUGCUCAAUGAAGUUGAGUGACUGCUUACCCAGGCAUAAGGAAAAGCAGGCAUAAGAAAAGAUCUCUGGGGCGAUGUUAUGUGGAAAAAGCAGUAUCACACCUUUUGAUGCAGUAGGUAAAGCCAAGCGAUAUAAUUCACUGAGUAAAAGGAGGAGACACUUGGCAGCUUGGCACCAGUACUAAUGAAGCCAAUAGCCUUCUCUGCUUUCUCCUUUUGGCUGGCUCUCAUUUUGGCUGGCUUCCUUGGCAUACGCAUCACUGGCAGUUUUGUGAGAAGUCAGAAGAACCAUACGCUAAUUUUCACCAAGGAAAACACAAUUCGCAACUGUAGCUGCUCGGCGGAUAUCCGUGAUUGUGAUUACUGCCUGGCAAACUUGAUGUGCAAUUGCAAAACGGUUCUGCCUUCUACCAUAGAAAAAACUACCUACAAUAGCCACCUGACCAUUUGGUUCACAGACACCUCUGUGCUGGAGAUGCUCCUCAACUUCACAAGGGUGUGGGAUUUGAAGCUGUCCUUCUGUGGCACCACUCCUCUCCCAACAGAAUACUUGGCCAUUUGGGGACUUCGAAAGCUCCGGGUGAACAAGGUCAAGGGACGAUUUCCAGAGCAGAGUGUAACCAUCUACAGCAGCAGCAACAACGAAAAAGAAGACUCGCUUGCGGUGCAUGACAAAGACAGGCAAAUGCUUGCCUAUAUUUCUUUUCUGGACACUUCACUUUUCAAUGGAUAUUCUUUGCUGAAGUCGUACAGUGUGGAAAACAUCUCUAGUAUCACGCAGUACUUUCCCAGCCUGCUGUACUCUGAUGUUUUCUCAACCUCAGAUAACAAGAGUUAUGUUGUAACAUUCAUUUACUGAGUUAUUUACCAUAUUCAGUAGUCAGUACAGCAAACUGCUAAGAGAGAGAUGGGACUUCUUUAAGUCUGUUUGGUUUGACCAGCAGGAGCUGUUAUGGGAUGGACAGUUCUGACUGUGAUAGCAUUCUACAAGGAGGUGUUUAAAGUAAGACAGACUCAUCAGACUAAUUCAGUAAACGCUUUCUUAAAGAACAAAUUAAAUGUGAAAUGACUGGUUUAGAAAGCAUCGGUACAAAUUCUUUUUAUAUAUUGUAAGCUAAGAACUUAAAUCUGCAGAAAAAUUUGUUUGAAAGCUGUGUUCUCUGCCAAGCCAUGGCACACGUCAUGGGAGAGCACUGGGAAAGAGGCCACCUGGCAGGUGAGACACCGCGCUCGCAAAGGUGUUUUUUCCCAGGGAAAGGCCCAUCUCCGGCACGUUGGCAGUGCCAAUGCCUGCGCCGAUGCCUGCAAUUUCCCCAAACGCAGGGAACUUGACUUCACCUUUUGUGCUAAUGGCAAGCUCUGCUCAUGUUCUCCCCAAUGAGAAAGGAGAAAGACCUCCUCUGGUAAGGGAGGCGAGGCUUCUGGCAGACACGUAGCAGACAAUUUUCAGACAUGUUGCAGGAGAAAGAUGGCCAUCCCCUGAAAAACAUACAUUGGGACUAUUUAUAUAGCCCAAAGUCUGCUCCUUGCCCAUGUCUGCAGGAUUUGCAUUUUGUGAGAUACAAUUAAGGCUGGGAUCCAUCCACGUAGUACAAUAAAGGCUUUGGAAUAGCAAGUCCUAACAUAACAAGUCUUGCAUUGCCAGCAAAGGAUUACAUGAAACUGGGAUAAAAUAUGUGUACUGAGGGGAAUGGCUAUCAAGAUUCUGAGGAAACAACGAAUUUGUUUCAACAACUUUAAAGAAAGACUUUUUCUAUAACUGUAAUCAAUGAUGGAGCAGUUUUGUUAGGAAGCAAAACUUAAUUUUUCACAAUACUUAAAUACAUGCACACUUUCCAUUACUGUGAGUUUUCCUACUGAAAUCAACAAGGCGGCAACUAUUGAAUUAAGCGUAAGCCUUCUCCCCAAAUCACAAAUAUUUCUAGCGAUGCCUCUCACGAUUGUGUUAUAGGUUACAAAACUGUUAGGAGCUGGAGCUGGGCUGACAGAGAUUGGCAGUGGGGUGGGGAUGGAUGUGUCCUGAGCUCAUUACAUGCCUUAAAUGUAUUACAGACACAGGCAAAUAAUUCAUAUUGUCUGCCCAGGAAUCCCAUGCUCCAACUGUCUGUGCAAAGAGUACUAACCUUGCCUUCACAAACUGGCUAGUCACUAAUCCUGCACAGGAUAGUGUUGUAAAAAAAUAAAAAUAAUUAGAGCUGGCACACACAAAUACAUUGACUUCUACAUGCUACCAAAUGCGGGAAAAUCAAACCUGAAUGCUCUUCAGCGAAUUCACUUAGGCUCUGCUGCCCUCUAGUAGAAAAUGUGCUGAAUAACACAGUACUUCCCCAUCGCCACGACAGCAGUGCCUGGCUGCUGUUGCUGUUCAAAAAUCACACGUGCAACACUGAGAAUGUAUUCUGGCCUUGUUGGGAAGAAACCAUGAGGUUAAUAAAUCCAUGGGUUUACUAACACUGCAAAUUACAGUUUCAGUUACUUUUACCACAGUAGUGUUCAGAAUAAGGCUGACAUAAAAGACCUUUUAUUCCCAUGCCCACAUAAGCACUGCAGAGAUUUUCCUGACAUCAGGAAAAAAAUCCUCCUCCCAAUUACACGUGCAGCAGAAAUCCAUGGCACCAAUACUGCAGUGAUCUUUUUAACUCCCCUGUUCUUCUCCAGCAGAUACCAAGAACCUGAUUCUCCCAAUCUCAAUUUCAUAUGGCUCUGCCAUACUAAAGAACCGCGUUAGAAGCUCACAGAAUUUCUUCAGAGCAACGCAUACAAAGCAUAUACUGCAUAUGUUGCGCGUUGUAUUAGUUCUCGUGGUGGAGGUUCGUCUGCAUGUAAACCACACACAGUGGUACAUUAAGCAUCACUCUGCAGAAAUAAUUAUUUGGUGAAUCUGUUUUAAAUCCAAGUGUAAGAUACUCACCCUUAACCACACUCAACACUCUAUGGCAUUUGAUCAUCUAUUUAUAGCAAUUAAUAUUUAUAUACACAAUGGUUUCAUUCUCCAUGUAUCAGGUUCAACCUGUAUGUAUUUGCCAGUCUGUAACCUUGAUGCAUGAUUAUUGGAUAUGCCAAUCAACAGAAACUGAGGUAGGGGGUUUUUGUAUCAGAAAAAAACAGAGAUAGGAGCUGUAAAUUUACAUUUUCCUUCCUACUACUAAUUCUGGUGUGACUUUGGGAAGUCAGUACAGAUUGAGAGCACUACAGCAACGCGAUGCUUUCGACAGAAGACCCUGCUGCGCAGCCACAGUGAGAGGUGGCGGGCGGCCUGUCACUGAAACCCAUGAAUAAACCUUGUAACACC